CCAUUGGAUGCAAAAAGAUAGCAUUUGAGGUAAGUGUUGUUAGUUGUUUGUUGUAUGUUGUUAGUUUAAGUAGUUGAAGUUGUUAGAUUAAGUAGUUAGAUUAAGUAGAUUAAGUAGUUAGAAUGAUGAUUUUCUGAAUUCUGAGAUGUGUUAAAAUACGGAAUAUAAAGUUUCGGAGUCUAUACGAAAAUUAAUAUACCGUAUUCAAUACGAAUUAUAAAUUUCCGUAUUCAAUACGAAUUAUAAAGUUCCGUAUGCAAUAUGGAUAAUAAAGUUCCGUAUUCUCUUCCAGGGAUGACAGAAUCAUUUUUAUUUCAUGAAUCCCAAUUGAUUGAAGUUGGAUUGAACAAUGCUCAACCUGAAGAGGUGACACCACCAGCAUUUGUACCCCCGUGUAUAAGUAUAGAUGUCUCGCAUUUAUUUACAACUGAUCAGAUUUUCCCUACCCGUGAUGAUCUUAUCAAUUGGGUUCAUGGAAUUGCGAUUGAAAAUGGAUAUGUUGUGUUGAUCACAAAGUCAGAUAGCGGUGGGAAUGGAAGCAGAAAAGCUUAUGUCAUGUUGGGGUGCGAGAAGCAUGGUAAGUAUGUUCCCUACAGAGACCCUGACCUUGUUGAAGGAACGAGAACACAAAAGACAGAAUGUCCUUUUAGACUAAAAGGACGACCUAUGAAAAAUGGCAUAGAUAGAGAUUGGCGGCUAAAGGUGAUGGAAGGUACACACAACCAUGAACCAGCUAGGUCACUACUUGGCCACAAUUUUGUUGGUCGUCUAAAUUCCGAAGAGAAGGAGCAAGUGGAAAAAAUGUCAAAGAGUUGGGUUCCACCGAGAAAGAUGCUGUUGACUUUGAAGGAAAACAAUCCUUUAAACUUGACUACCAUAUCUCAGAUUUAUGGUGCUUGCAAGAGGUUAAGAAAAUCCCUCCGCGGGUCAUUGACAGAAAUGCAACACUUGUUGAAGAAGUUGGACGGUGACAAGUACGUCCACUUUGAAAGACAUGAGCCUGGAUCGGAAGUCAUUAGGGAUGUAUUUUGGGCUCAUCCAAAUGCUAUCAAACUGUUCAACACAUUAUGGGCCUUGCCCUUAUGUUGUUCAUUGCUGCUUUUAAUAAUAGUAAUUUGA